AUGUGGCCGUCCACGUUCAGCAUUUUCAAGGGUCAGGCUUGCCCUUCCGUUGACACUUGCAAGCUUCCAAAUUGUCUGUUCUCCCACAAGCCGUCGACUACGCCGGCGGGCAGUGCAGCAUCGCACAAUAUAGAGCUGUCAACUAAUGGUCAACCGCAUGCUAAACGUUUGAGGGUCGACAGUGAUGCGGUACAAUCCACUGUGCAAGCUGAAGCUACCUUGAACGAAGUCGACCCACUUGUAUUCACGGGACUUCGUGUUUCAAAACCAAUCUCCAAACCAACCUCUACACCCUCUAAGCAACAAACUGUUACUGCUCAAGCUUCUACUCAGCCUCCGACUGAUGCCGAAACCAAUCAUGCACUCCCCCGAACGGCGACAAGACCAGUCUCACCCCCACCGAGCAAAGCUAGUACAGAGGCUAGGACACAGCCUGAGAAGGAGGUGAGUCUGUUCCCGCGGAAACUGCAGAACGAACCAGCGCCAUUCCAGGCCAGGCUGGCUCGACUCAAAAUGCUACACGACUUCAUGGUUCCUUUCAACAACAAAUUACUCUCAGCAAAGAAUCCGGCAACGAAAGCUCUCCACUUAUCUGCAAACCAGCUGAGAAAGCUUGCUGUGGAUGAGGAGGCAAAAAUAGCUAUCGAACAUCGCUCCAUUUAUGACAAUGUCAUCAAGCAUCACAUAGUUGCCUAUAAGAAAAUGUCUCAAGAAGACUGGGUCAAAGCCCGGAGGGAGGCAGUUGCGAAAGACCGUGAAGAGCUUCCAAAGAAACCACCACCCAAAAAGGUCGAGACUGGAAUGACUUUGAAGGAAGAAGUCAUCUUUCUGUCGACGAUGCUUGCUCCACAAAGUAGCUUGGAAGCCCACGGUUUCGUUACCAAGGACCCAACCGAUUCCGAAAUCGAAGAAUGCAGGCAGACACAAAUCUUAUCAGACUUCUGGGAAGUGUGUGAUCGAUGUCGAACCCGCUUCCAGGCAUUCCCAGAUCGAAGGGAGGAAGACGGUGCCGUCACUGUAGGUGGCAAAUGUCGGUACCACUGGGGAAAGAGAGUGUGGCCCAAGAGAGAGAGGGGAAAAGACCCGGAGCCUGCCAAAUGGGCCUGCUGCAAUGAGACAGUAGGUACGGAGGGUUGCACCGAAAGCGACACUCAUGUUUACAAGUUCACCGAUGUGAAGCGCAUGUCUCUUGCUAUGCGGUUCAUCGAAACUCCCGAGAACGACAAGGUCGAGCCACAUACUGCAGUUUGUUUCGACUGCGAGAUGGGCUAUACAACGCAGGGAUUUGAGCUUCUUCGACUUACAGUCAUCGAUUGGCCUAGCCACAGGCCGCUCAUUGAUGUUCUAGUACGGCCGCUUGGGUUUAUUCUCGAUCUCAACACCCAGUGGUCGGGGGUUACUAUGGAUCAGUUUAUUAACGCAAAGCCAUACGACCCGGCCAACCCGAAGCCAAAGCGUACGGACCUGCGUAUAGUCGAAUCACCAUACGCCGCACGUGAGCUCUUUCUCGCCCACGUAUCCCCCACGACGCCUGUUCUCGGUCACGCUCUAGAGAACGAUCUGAAUGUCAUACGUUUGAUUCAUCCUACCAUUGUCGACACCGUCAUCCUGUACCCUACGAAGUCUGGUCUUCCAUAUCGACACAGCCUCAAGACGCUUGCCAAACAGUUCCUCGGCAUAGACAUACAGCAAGGCGGCGCGUCUGGUCACGACAGCUAUGAGGACGCGAGGACAACCGGCGAACUAGUUAGAUCCAAGGUGGGCUAUCGAUGGAAGCAGCUGAAGUAUGAAGGCUGGACUAUCAGCGAGGACGGUGUGUAUCCGCCGCUACCUGCAGGUUUACCUCCACCGUCCAUACCGGCGACCCCGUCAAUGAUUCCGCGGCCGAUUACGGUAAACACCAGCUAUAGCACGACAACAAAGCGGAAGCUUGAAGAUUGCGAAGGUUAUGAAGACGACAGUCUGGAGGAACCGUUGAAUGCCAACGGUGGCACCACGACGAAGCAACUUUUCCUUUAUGAAAACGACAACCUCGACGAGCCAAUACGUUAG